CGCAGUUGUCCGGGCAACCCGGCUAGAGCUGAGGAGUGAGGAGUGAGGAGUUCGGGACCCGGCUCGAGUCAUGGGCCGCCGGAGGGCAUCGCGUGGACCAGGGGCCGAGGGGGCCCGCGCCCGGCGUCCCCCCAGCCGCUCCCUGGAGGCGUUCACCGAGGAGGUGGGCGCCGCGUUGCGCGCGUCCGUGGAGCCGGCGGCGGCCGACGACGCGGGCGGCCCGGGCUCGGCAGCGCUACCCUGCCCGCUGGCCAUGUGGGAGCUGGGUCACUGCGAUCCCCGGCGGUGUACGGGCCGCAAGCUGGCUCGUCUGGGCCUGGUGCGCGGCCUGCGCCUGGGCCACAGGUUCGGCGGUCUGGUUCUCAGCCCCGUGGGCACGCAGUGCGUGUCCCCGGCAGACAGGCAGCUGGUGGGCCGGGCUGGGGUCGCUGUGAUAGACUGCUCAUGGGCGAGACUGGGCGAGACGCCCUUUGAGAAGAUGCGGGGAAGCCACUUGCGACUGCUGCCCUACCUAGUGGCUGCCAACCCUGUCAACUAUGGCCGGCCCUGCAGACUUUCCUGCGUUGAGGCUUUUGCUGCCACCUUCUGUAUUGUAGGCUUUCCGGAUCUUGGUGUCAUUUUGCUGCAGAAGUUUAAGUGGGGCAAGGGCUUCCUGGACCUGAACCGCCAACUCCUGGAUAAGUACGCGGCCUGCAGUGGCCCAGAGGAGGUUCUGCAGGUACAACAGGAGUUCUUGGCCAGUGCAAAGGAUAGGCCCCCGGAGGAAGAAAUUGAUCCCUUUGAUGUGGAUUCAGGUCGAGAGUUUGCAAACCUCAACAGGGCAGUGGCCAGCACCCGACCGCCUGUGGAAACAAGUGACAGUGACGAGUCUGAGGAUCAGGAGCCCCGCUGUGAGGACGGAGGAGGCAGCAGCUGCUCAGAGGAGCAGAAGACUCCUGGAGCCAGAGCCCCAGACCCAGUUUAGAAUUAAGAACACGCCAAGAGACUGAAGGCUGCAGACACAACAUUUUUGAUGUGGGCUGUGGACAUCCAGAGAUGGCAGUGGGACAUGGGGUGGACAGGCCUGGCAGCAUCAACCCUCUGCAGCUGCCUGCAAGGUUGGGCCCUCAAGUUGCUGUGAUGGUCCUGCUCAAGGUCCACCUUGGGCUCUCAGUGAAGCUGGAGGCCACAGAGGGGCCUCCAGGACCAGUGUCUCUUGGCACUGAGGGUUGGGAGCAUGCUGUCUGCUGGGGUCUAUUCUAUGGGAUAAGUGCUGUGCUUGCAUGCAUGUAUGCAAAGGGCAGCUUAGUGGCAUGGAGCUCCUUGUCCUGCUCGCCAGCCUCAGUUGCCCCGAAAACCUCCCAAAGCAUGGGGCCUAGAAGGAAUGUGCAGUCCUGCUGUCUCCUGUGGGUGGUGCAUCCAGAGCCAGAAAAGGGAGCUGAACAAUGGGCACUCACCAUCACCUCCAGAGGGCCUUGUAGCUGCUUUCCUAAAAGUUAGGUUACCCAAACUUGACCCCGGGCCUUCCUGUCCCACCCAAGAGGUGUUCUUCACCUGGCAUUCCUGUCCCACCCAAGAGGUGUUCUCCACCUGGCACUGUUCUUGUGGGCUUGGGCCAUAUCAAUUACAAUGUGUGCUCAGCCUCCCUGGCCUCUGUCACUGGUGUUCUUUCACCUCCCACUGGUGACCACCAAAGUAUGUGCAGACACUGCCUGCUGGUCCUGGGAGCACGAGUCUACUGGGGUGCGCCACCCGGUUCAGGGUGGCAUAUAAGGGACUCACAGCACAGUACAGCUGA